AUGUGCUGCUUUUGUUCUCUUCUGAAGUAUAUGAGGCCUAAUAGCAUCUUAAAAGCAUGUCUGACGUUAGUAAUGCACUCAGUUUGCAAAUACAGCUGUUCUGAAGUCUUGUGCUGUGAUAUGCAUGAACCUCUCUGUACUUAGUGAAGAAUAAUGCAGUGCUUGCAGUAAACCCUCACUGGAUUCUGCCAAAUUAGUGUACAGAUUAACAUUCAGGAAUAGCGCUUCCCAGCCAUGCAUAUGCAUGCCGCUUGUAAAUGCCAUCCUCUCAUUGUCAGGAAGGUACUCCCACUCAUUUGAAUUGUAUAUUAGGGAUGUGUGCCUUGCAUGAUAUACAUUUCAAUAAUGACUCCAGAAGCUCCUUGUAGGCACUUUCUGGUGAGCAGGUUUAUGAUACUGUACAUGAGAAGGUGCAUUCAGACACAUUGCUCAGUGCCUUUAUUGUCAAAGGUCUGAAAUUGUUACAGAGUGAAGCACAAUGGUUGUCAAAUAAUACAACAUUCUAAAGUGUCUGGCAUCCAAUAUCGAGAUAUUACUCUUUUGUGGGUGUAGACUAGUAUUUACAGAUGACAAAAUAGAAAAAUGAGAACAUGAAUAAGAACGACGACACAUUUAAGUCUUAACAUCUGUUUUGUCUCAGAGGAAACUUCUUCUGUUCAUCAUUGUACAAUUCAAAAAUGUAACUUAUUUGAUCUGAUCCUCUCUAGACUAGAUAAAUACCAUCCAACAAUUUCUAAAACAUCAUUAAUCAUCAGUAGCAGCUUGUUUCAUCUAAAGCUGUGGUGCGGGUGGAUUUAAACAGUAUCAUUUUACUGAAUCGAACUCUCCCUGCAGAGCCUGUGUGCAGAUGCAGCUGAGUGAGAGUGUAAAAGAUUUCAGAUCCAGACUUGUGGAGGGCUUGUGAGCAUACUCAGUCUGCUUACCAGGGUUUGAUCCUGGUCUGGGAAUAAUGACCGGCAUCACCCCAAUUAACCCUAUGAUGGCUAGAACGAGCUUGGUGCCUCCUCCACCAGUACCUUUAGAGCUACCGAUCGUCAAAGAAAUAAUUCACUGCAAAAGCUGCACACUCUUCCCUCAGAACCCAAAUCUGCCACCACCGUCAACAAGGGAAAGACCUCCGGGAUGCAAAACCGUGUUUGUUGGAGGACUGCCAGAGAAUGCCACGGAGGAGAUCAUUCGAGAAGUAUUCGACCAGUGUGGGGAAAUCACUGCCAUCAGGAAAAGCAAAAAGAACUUCUGCCAUAUUCGCUUUACUGAGGAGUUCAUGGUUGACAAAGCAAUCUACCUGUCAGGUUACCGCAUGCGGAUUGGAUCAAGUACGGAUAAAAAGGAUUCAGGACGCCUUCAUGUUGACUUUGCUCAAGCGAGAGAUGACUUCUAUGAGUGGGAAUGCAUGCAGCGCCUGCUGGCCAGGGAAGAGCGGCACCGGCGCAAGAUAGAGGAAGAGAGGCUGCGUCCACCGUCUCCCCCUCCCAUAAUGCACUUCUCAGAGCACGAAGCGGGCCUGCUGGCAGAAAAACUCAAAGAUGACACCAAGUUCACAGAAGCUAUUGCUGUGCUUGUCACCUGGAUCGAUCGUGGAGAGGUGAACCGUCGCUCUGCAAACCACUUCUACUCCAUGGUCCAAUCAGCAAACAGCCACGUGCGACGGCUGAUGAAUGAAAAAGCAAUCCACGAAGAAGAGAUGGAGCUGGCCAAGGAGCGGUUCAGAAAUUCGAUGUCGGGAAUCCUAACGCAAUUUGAGCAGAUUGUGGCUGUUUUCGCCGCCGCUACCAGGCAAAGGGCAUGGGAUCAUUUCUCAAAAGCACAGCGCAAGAACAUAGACAUUUGGCGAAAGCAGUGCGAGGAGUUGCGCAAUGCUCACAGUGAAGAGCUUAUGGGUAUACGGAGGGAAGAGGAGAUGGAGAUGUCAGAGGAUGAGUCGGGGGAAAAUCCCAACAAGAAAAUCAAAAUCCAUGACUCAGCCUUGGCUGCUCAAGCAUAUGCCCUGAAAGAAGAGAACGACAGCCUUCGCUGGCAGCUGGAUGCGUACAGGAACGAGGUGGAGCUGCUGAAACAGGAGCAGGGGAAGGUGUGCAGGACUGAGGAGGAUCACACCAAGGAGCAUCAGCUUCACUUUUUACAGCAGACCAUGCAGGGCAUGCAGCAGCAACUGGUGGAGCUACAAGGAGCAUUACAAAGGAAAGAAUCUGAGCUAGAACACGCAAAGGAAGAGCAAAGGUGUAUGGAGGUACAGCUCAUCGCCUUCAAAGAAAAGUUACUGCACAGUAUGGAGGCUGUGGAGACUAUCAGCAGCGAGUCACAUGCUCAAGGAAUAAAUGGAUGCACAGGACAAGUACUUCACCAUGAUAAAGAAAAGAACGCAGAGAAGCACGUUCAAGGACCUCUGAAAUCAGAGAAAGAAGCCCUUUUAUUGGGCAUAAUAUCAACCUUUCUUCAUGUUCAUCCCUUUGGUGCCAACAUAGAGUAUCUGUGGUCCUACAUACAGAGACUGGAUGCCAAGGUCUCUGCCAGUGAAAUCGAGACACUCAUGCUGCGGCUGCCCCACAUGUUCAAACAAGAGUUCACGGGCGUGGGGGCAACGCUGGAGAAGAGAUGGAUAUUCUUUGGCUUUGAGGGAAUUAACACUGUCUGAUCCAGAAAUGAAUGGGUUUGUUAGUGAAAAGCACGCUCAUGCAAGACUGCAGGUUUACGUACCUCCUGAGUGAGAUAUAUGGUUAUUGCACGUAGCGUUGUGCUUGCACAGCUCCAGUCUGGUUUUUAAUUACAUCUCUCUUGUUCCCUGUGAGUGAAGAUGUAGUUGUGCAGCAGUUAUUAAAAGUCUCCGUGUGUCGAAUCGAGACAGAUCUAUGUACUUGAAAACUCAUUCCAGAGUAACAGGGCUGGUCGAGUGAGAUAAUUGUUUGCUGGGUUUAGGAAUGAACAUGGUAAUGCUCAGCAGAGCCAGCCACCCAACAAUAAACUGUCACUAUCUACUGCUUUAAAAAGGUGUACUUUUGUUUUCUGUGACAGCUUUAAAACAGGAGGAAAUUGCCAAAAUGCUAAUGUGUGCAAACGAGAGACCAUACGUGUUUUUAAAUCCCAGACACACAGCGUCAAAUAGGAGGUGUAGACAGUUCCACUCUGGUGAACGCUGAUUGUAAUGCUUCCUUCAGAGAUGCUGAUCUGUAAAAUCAGGUUUCCUUUACUGUUUUCAUAUUAAAUAUAAUAGAAUAAUAAUAAUACAUAUAGUAGCAAUGCAUGUUGUAAUAUACUGCUUUGUGAACUAGA